UUAUGAUGUGAAAGCCGGUACAUGUCACUAUCAAGCGGGAAUUUAAUGCCUCUGUUGCAGGAAAAGAAGUAUCGUCAAGAUGAGCGUGGAGACAUUGGGGUUGGUGCUGAACGACGGGCACGGGCUGCUGCUCAAGGCGGAGGGAGACCUCGCGUACACGGCGCGUGACCAAAAGAACGGAUUCUUCACGUGUAUCGCUGAAAAGGCCAUCGAUCUGGGACAAUUCGCUGAGGGGGACGACGACGACGCGGCCGAACCGGACGAGGAUCAGCCACUACCCACCGUGCGCCUGGAGACGAGCAGGCGCUCGCUGCUGAUCGCCAAGUUCGAGACGGGCGGACGUGAGCGCACGCUCGUGGUGUCGAAGCCUCGAGGCCACGCGAAUACCGAGUGAACAAGAAUUUAAAGAAGGGGAAGAGGAAAUAUGCUAAAAGUUUGUUGUGCUUAUUAUCAAGGGUUGUUGCUUGUCAUAUACCUACGGGGUAGUGUGUCGGUGUGUUACUGGGGACUAAUUAUCGCUCUCGACUGAAUGUUCGUUCUCCUCCUUCUCGUGCGUCUUCUUGUGUCGAGCAAAAUUUGAGACUUGUGUAAACUUCUUCUGGCAUCCCUCGUACGGACACA